AAAAAUCCUACAGACAAAAUAUUAAAGUAAAUUUUCUACAAUUACAACCCAACCAAUCACCCCCAAUGUUUCCUGAGGUGCAUGUGUCUACGUAGCAUCUGACAAACAGAUCCCAUGCAAGAGGAUGCUUCCAGUGGCAUUCUCGUGAUUGUUCGUCCAAACCAUGUGUUCGAUCUUGUAACUCAAACCCAUAUAAACCCCAUCAUUCUCCACACUUUACAUAUUCACAGUUUUGCUCUAUCUUCAAUAUUCAUCUCCCACCCAAUUAGGAAGUGACAAUGUAUCAAGAAGCCGCACUUCUCUUAGCGCUACUCUGCGUUUCUUCUAAUGUCGCCGUGUCUGCUCCAAUCCGCGACGGUUUAUUACCAAACGGUAAUUUCGAGAUAGGUCCAAAACCGUCCCAACUGAAAGGAUCCGUUGUUAAGGAACGAAACGCCGUUGCUCAUUGGGACAUGACCGGCUUCGUGGAGUACAUCAAAGCUGGUCAGAAACAAGACGACAUGGUUUUGGUCGUACCGGAAGGCUCAUCAGCCGUCAGGUUAGGCAACGAGGCCUCAAUAUCCCAGAAAAUAUCCGUACGAUCAGGUCGUCUAUAUUCGAUUACGUUCAGCGCCGCUCGAACUUGCGCUCAGGACGAGCGGCUUAACAUCUCCGUCACGCAUGAGUCUGGUGUCAUCCCUAUCCAGACAAUGUACGGCAGCGAUGGCUGGGACUCCUACUCAUGGGCUUUUAAAGCUGGUGGACCCGAAAUCGUGAUCCGGAUCCAUAACCCGGGUCGUGAGGAGCAGCCGGCUUGUGGACCGUUGAUCGAUGCCGUUGCUAUCAAGGCUUUGUUCCCUCCAAGAUUCUCCGGAUAUAAUCUCAUAAAGAACGGGAACUUCGAGGAAGGACCUUACGUGUUUUCCACGGCAAAGUGGGGAGUACUGAUACCACCUUUCAUCGAGGACGAUAACAGCCCUUUGCCUGGAUGGAUAAUCGAGUCUCUCAAGGCUGUUAAGUACGUGGACAAGGCACACUUCUUCGUCCCUGAGGGACACAGAGCCAUCGAGCUUGUUGGAGGCAAAGAGAGUGCCGUUUCUCAGAUCGUGAGGACGUCACCUAACAAAUUCUACGCCCUCACUUUCAACGUGGGAGACGCCAGGGACGGUUGCGAGGGACCCAUGGCAGUGGAGGCGUUCGCUGGACGGGGCAAGACCCUGGUGGAGUACGUGUCUAAGGGGAAAGGCGGGUUUAAACGGGGAAGGCUUGUGUUCAAGGCGGUGUCGGCGAGGACUCGUGUCACUUUCCUCAGCACGUUUUACCAUAUGAAGAAUGAUCACUCUGGCUCGCUUUGUGGUCCGGUCGUCGACGACGUAAGGCUGGUGGCGGUUAAGACACUCCGAGAGAAAAAAGACAUUUACUCACAAGAAUUGAGAGUCACAAACAAGAUCUUACAAGACCAAGAACAAAGUGGAGGAAAGCUAGCGAGUCAGCCUGUUCUACGAAUGCGCUAGGAAGCAUCGUGUUACUGCUAUCUCUACUAAAAGUUUUUAUUAACAGCAUGUUUUGUGUAAUUUAUGAUUCAUGUAAUAUGUUACAUUGAUUUGAUAUCAAUAAAGUUAAGAAGUUAAAGAAAAAAAA